UCUCUCUCUUCCCCUCCCUCCCCAGCCUUCCCCGCGAGCGGACGCGGCAUCGCCUCUGUCUCGCUUUUUCUUAUUUUUCUCCCCCCUUUCCCCUUCCUUUUUAUUUUUUUUUUUAUUUUUCCCCCUUCCCCCCCUUUCACCAUUUCCCCUCGGAGGCGCUUCCCCUGGGCAGGGGCAGAGCCGGUCUCACCCCCCGCCUCUCCCCGGCCCCCGCCGCCCUAUGGCGAGAGGGAACCCCCUCCCCACCCGGGCACAAGCGGCGGCGGUUGGAGGAGCGGGACCGGCGGCGGCGGCGGCGGCGGCCUCAGGUCCAGGGGCGUCAUGGAACUAAUUCGCUGACCAGCCCACCGGCUGCAGCCGUGCGUCCCGCUCGAGCGCCAGCGCCCGCGCCCUCCGGCCCGCUUCCCCCUCUUCUCCCUCCUCAGUCGGCCCGGUCCUGGUCCCGCGCGUCUCGUCGCCGCGCGCAGAGGAAAAUGAGGUGGUAACGGGCCCCCGGAUGACCCCUCGUCACCACUUUGAGGUCUACAGUUCUGCCGGGGAGGAGGAGGAGGAGGAAGAAGAGGAGGAGAAGGUAGCUACAUCAAGCUGGGUGGCAGGCAGAUCCAUAGGAUAUCAUGAAGUUUCCAGGGCCUUUGGAAAACCAGAGAUUGUCUUUCCUAUUGGAAAAGGCAAUCUCUAGGGAAGCCCAGAUGUGGAAAGUGAAUGUGCCGAAAAUACCUACAAAUCAGAAUGUUUCUCCAUCCCAGAGAGAUGAAGUGAUUCAGUGGCUGGCCAAACUCAAGUACCAAUUCAACCUUUACCCAGAAACAUUUGCUCUGGCUAGCAGUCUUUUGGACAGGUUCUUAGCUACUGUAAAGGCCCACCCAAAAUACCUGAGUUGUAUUGCAAUCAGCUGUUUUUUCCUGGCUGCCAAGACUGUUGAGGAAGAUGAGAGAAUCCCAGUACUGAAGGUGUUGGCAAGAGACAGUUUCUGUGGCUGUUCUUCAUCUGAAAUUCUGCGGAUGGAGAGAAUUAUUCUGGAUAAGUUGAAUUGGGAUCUUCACACAGCCACACCAUUGGAUUUUCUUCACAUUUUCCAUGCCAUUGCAGUGUCAAUUAGGCCUCAGUUACUUUUUAGUUUGCCCAGUCUGAGCCCAUCCCAACAUUUGGCAUUCCUUACCAAGCAAUUACUUCACUGUAUGGCCUGCAGCCAACUUCUUCAGUUCAAAGGAUCCAUGCUUGCCCUGGCGAUGGUUAGUCUGGAAAUGGAGAAACUCAUUCCUGAUUGGCUUCCUCUUACAAUUGAACUGCUUCAGAAAGCACAGAUGGAUAGCUCCCAGCUGAUCCACUGUCGGGAGCUUGUGGCACAUCACCUUUCUACUCUGCAGUCUUCCCUGCCUCUAAAUUCCGUUUAUGUCUACCGUCCCCUCAAGCACACCCUGGUGACCUGUGACAGAGGAGUGUUCAGAUUACACCCCUCCUCUGUCCCAGGCCCAGACUUCUCCAAGGACAACAGCAAACCAGAAGUGCCAGUCAGAGGUCCAGCAGCCUUCUGCCACCAUCUCCCAGCUGCCAAUGGGUGCAAGUAUGCCUCUGCCAAACGCAAAGUGGAGGAAAUGGAAGUGGACGACUUCUACGAUGGGAUCAAACGGCUCUAUAAUGAAGAUAACGCUUCAGAAAGUGUGGGUUCUGUGUGUGGCACUGAUGUAUCACGGCAAGAGGGACAGGCUUCUCCUUGUCCACCUCUGCAGCCUGUUUCUGUCAUGUAGCUGCAAGAGUUACCUUCAAGGGCAAACUAGGGUAGACGACUCUGGGGAUGGGAGCAUGGAAAACCAAGAUAGGCUAUGUAAGGUAUAUAUCUUUUCAGGCUGAUUUGAAAUGAGCCAGAGGAAAAAACCCAGUUGAUUUGUAUGACUAAUUAUAAUUCAAUAAUAUUUAAGCACUUAAAGACCCAAAAAAAAAAUAAGUCUAAAAUUAAGAUCAAAAAAAUUUUAAGUAAAAAAUUCCUUUGUAGUAUUUGUCAGUUCUUCCCUUUUCUCUGCUAAAAUGUAAUGUGUAGAUUGCCUUGUGUCAGAAACUCACAUUCAGUGUUUUUUUUUUUUAUUCCAAAAUUCCUAGCUAGCAAACCUUUUCCCAGAACCCUGAUUUAAUUUUCCUCUUGCUUUUGCUUGCUUCUUUGAAUACUAAAUGAAUUUUAUGCAUGUUGAUCUAUGGCCUGACUUCCGCUGAUGAGGAAACCCUCAGAGUUUAUUUUUAGCAAUUUAGUGAACAGAUUAUUUCAGUGUGACAGCCAUGUUUAAUCCAUGAUUCAAAUUAAUCUGGAAAAGGUACUUCAAAAUUGCCCCAUAUGAAUCAGGUGGUAAAAAGGACUCCUGUUACCAUUGUUGAUUUUUGUCUCCUUUCAAUUUCUAUAGUUUGGAAAUAAAAUCAUUUUCAGUUUUUGUUUAUCUUAAAUUGAAGCUUAAAAGUGGCACGUGAUUAAGACACUCUUAGGUUUGCUGAAAGGAUUUUUGACAUUUGUAUAAAAAUUUGUGAUAAAGGCUGUAUCCAGGUGCUCACUAAAGAAACAUGUAACAGCUAAAGUUAGGUAUUUUAAACUGCUCAGUUUACUCAUUUAUAAUCAGCAGGAGACUCUAGAUGUUGGGGCAGCUCUGUGAUUGGGAUCUGUAACAUGUAUUAAUAUUAACUGAAUUCAGUACCCUAGUUUUAUGUUAAGCCAUUAGGAUUUUUCUUGAUCAGUUAACCCCUGCCUCCCUAGCCUACGUGUAUUUCUUGAUCAGUUAAUCCCCCUGCCUCCUUUGAUCAGUUAACCCCCUGCCUCCCCAGCCUGCCUGUAUUUCUCUUAAUGACUUCUGGAUUCUGAGCUCCCUGUGCAGUCUGAAGAAGGUAUUGCAGUCAGAACCAUGUACUGAUGAUAAAAGCCACUGGUAGCAAUAAAUGUUGUCCUUAACCUUUUUA